CCCGCAUUGCCCAUCUCCAAGACUCCAUCCCAUCCCAUCCCAUCCCAUCCCAUCACGCAUCGUCCAUCACCCAUCCCCUAUCCCGACUGUCCAGCUUCGUGGUCCACAGUCCACAGUCCACAGUCCACAACUCUCGGACGGCACCGUCGACGGAAAAGAAGGAGGGGAGUAACAAGAAAAAGAGCCAAGACCCUGCAGGAUAUAUCAAGAAAGAGCCCCUGUGCCCUACCUGCUGCAUUUUCUCCCUUGAAAUCGUCCGUUCAGCCAUUACUGUGGUACUGUUACUGUAUUCGUGCGCUUUGCCCUCACUUUCGUUGGAGAUUGAUGAAAUUCCGGGUUUGA